AGUUCGUUCAGCGGUCAGAGGUAUACAGGUCGUCUGAGGCAGGUGUCACUGGUUUACCUCUCAGAUUUGAGAAGAUGAGUGACUUGAAGGAAGAGGAGGACAGAUCAGAGACUCCAGUGUCCAGCUGUCCGUCUUUGAAGAGUGACGAAUCCAAAGAUCAUUCCCCAUUCUUCAGUAAUGAACCUGGACCCUCAGACACAAAACAGAGAGCAGAGUCUCCAGUGUCCAGCUGCCUGUCUAUGAAGAGUGACCGGUCUAUGGACAGACCUAUAACCUUCAGUAAUGAACCUGCACCCUCAGACACAAAGAGUCAUUGGAGACAGUUUCAACUACAGAGAGCAGAGUCUCCAGUGUCCAGCUGCCUGUCUAUGAAGAGUGACCGGUCUAUGGACAGACCUAUAACCUUCAGUAAUGAACCUGCACCCUCAGACACAAAGAGUCAUUGGAGACAGUUUCAACUAGAGAAGAAGAAGAGGAGUCGUGUUUCUGGGGAGGAGCAGCCGUCCUGCUGUGCUUUGUGUCAGGACGUCCUGAAGGAUCCAGUCUCUACCAACUAUGGACACUGGUUUGCCAGACUGUGCAUCACCUCACACUGGGACCAGUCUGCUUCAUCAGGAGACUCCUCCUGUCCCCAGUGUGGGAAAAGAUCCAGAACAAGAGCUGGACUGCCGACAGCCAGUCAGACCAUCACUGUACAAAGAGAUAGUGGUCUGCAGGAGGUUUUAGAUGAACAUAAGAUCAGUCUGAGGAGGAGAUGUGAACAUGUGACUGAAGGAAGUGAUGAAACAGGAAGUGAAACCCUCCUCAACAGGAUCUACACUGAGCUCUACAUCACAGAGGGACAGAGUGAAGAGGUUAAUACCCAACAUGAGGUGACACAGCUUGAGACAGCUUCCAAGAAGAAGAUCCUCCAUGACACUCCAAUCAAGUGUCACGAAAUCUUUAAAGCUUUACCUGACCAACAGAAACACAUCAGAGUUGUUCUUACGAAUGGUGUCGCUGGCAUUGGAAAAACCUUCUUGGUGCAGAAGUUCACUCUGGACUGGGCAGAGGGUUUGGAAAACCAAGAUAUCAGUCUGGUGAUUCUGCUUUCGUUCAGGGAGCUGAACUUGAUCAAAUAUGAGCAGUACAGUCUUCUCACUCUGCUCCAUGUUUUCCAUCCAACAUUACAGAAGGUAACAGCAGAGGAGCUCACUGUCUGUAAAGUUCUGUUCAUCUUUGACGGCCUGGAUGAAAGCAGACUGUCUCUGGAUUUCCACAACAAUGAGGUUGUGACUGAUGUCACACAGAAGUCAUCAGUCAAUGUGCUGCUGACAAACCUCAUCAAGGGGAAUCUACUUCCCUUGGCUCUCGUCUGGAUAACUUCCCGACCUGCAGCAGCCAAUCAGAUCCCUCCUGCAUGUGUUGACAGGGUAACAGAAGUACGAGGCUUCACUGACGCCCAGAAGGAGGAGUACUUCAGGAGGAGAGUCAGUGAUGAAGAGCUGUCCAGCAGAAUGAUUUCACACAUCAAGACAUCCAGGAGCCUCCACAUCAUGUGUCUAAUCCCAGUCUUCUGCUGGAUCACUGCCACAGUUCUGGAUCACAUGUUGACUACAGAGCAGAGAGGAGAGCUGCCCAAGACCCUGACUGACCUGUACUCACACUUCCUGCUGGUUCAGACAAAGAGGAAGAAGCAGAAGUAUGAUGAGGGACAUGAGAUGAGUCUACAGGAGUUGACGGCGGCUGACAGGAAAGUUCUUCUGAAGCUGGGGAGGCUGGCGUUUGAACAUCUGGAGAAAGGAAACAUCAUGUUCUACCAAGAAGACCUGGAGCGCUGUGGUCUUGAUGUCACAGAGGCCUCGGUGUUCUCAGGAGUUUGUACACAAAUCUUCAAAAGAGAGAGUGUGAUCUUCCAGAAAACAGUCUACUGCUUCGUUCAUCUGAGCAUUCAGGAGUUCCUGGCUGCUGUCUACAUGUUCCACUGUUUCACCAACGGGAAGACAGAGGUACUGGAGAACUUCCUGGGGAAAGACUGGGAUAAUGACAGAUACCUGGAGCAUGAACUGGAUGAAGCCGAGAAUGGUUUCUCUACCCUGAAGGACUUCCUGGGGAAAGACUGGGAUAAAUACAGAUCCCUGGAUGUCUUCCUGAAGAAAGCCAUGGAGAAAUCCCUCCAAAGUGAAAAUGGUCACCUAGACCUGUUUGUCCGUUUCCUUCAUGGCCUUUCUCUGGAGUCCAACCAGAGACUAUUGGGAGGCCUGCUGGGUCGAACAGACAACAGUCCAGAAAUCAUCCAGAGAGCCAUCAAAAACCUGAAGAAGAUGAGCAGUGAAAAGAUCUCUCCUGACAGAAGCAUCAACAUCUUCCACUGUCUGCUGGAGAUGAACGACCACUCAGUACAUCAGGAGAUCCAAGAGUUCCUUAAGUCAGAGAACAGGUCAGAGAAGAAACUCUCUGAGAUCCACUGCUCAGCUCUGGCCUACAUGCUGCAGAUGUCAGAGGAGGUUCUGGAUGAGUUGGACCUGAAGAAGUACAAUACAUCGUGGGAGGGACGACAGAGACUGAUUCCGGCUGUGAGGAACUGCAGAAAGGCUCUACUUUCUGGCUGUGGACUCAAUGAGACUCACUGUGAAAUCAUGACCUCUACUCUUAAGUCCAACACCUGCCACCUGAGAGAGCUGGACCUGAGUUACAACAACCUGCAGGAUUCAGGAGUGAAGCAGCUGUGUGCUGGACUGGAGAGUCCAAACUGUAGACUGGAGACUCUGAGAUUAAAUUCCUGCUGGUUGUCAGAGAUCAGCAGUGAUUCCCUGGCCUCAGCUCUGAAGUCCAAUACCCAUCUGAGAGAGCUGGAGCUUAGCAACAACAGGCUGCAGGAUUCAGGAGUGGAGCUGCUGUGUGAUUUUUUGGAGAGUCCACACUGUAGACUGGAGACUCUGAGAUUGUGGAGCUGCAGUUUGUCAGAGAUCAGCUGUAGUUCUCUGGCCUCAGCUCUAAAUUCCAACCCCUCCCAUCUGAGAGAGCUGCAGCUGAACGGAAACAAGCUACAGGAUUCAGGAGUGAAGCUGCUGUGUGAUUUUCUGGAAAGUCCACACUGUAGACUGGAGACUCUUGGUUUGAGGUACUGCUGGUUGUCAGAGAUCAGCUGUGUUUCUCUGGCAUCAGCUCUGAAGUCCAACCCCUCCCAUCUGAGAGAGCUGGAGCUGAGAGGAAACAACCUGCAGGAUUCAGAUGUGAAGCCACUGUGUGAUCUUGUGGAGAGUAAUCACUAUAGACUGGAGACUCUGAGCUGGAGGUGAUUUCUGUCAAAGUGAUCAGCACGAUGGAUGUGAGAGGUUAAAGCAGCUGCAUCAGUUUGUGUGUGGAGAGACUCUGACUGGACCAUAUUACUUGGAGGUAGAGUGGAGAUGACUCUCAGUGCUAUAGUCUGAACUGCUCUGAGAUCAGCUCCACUGUCAAGUCCACCAUCAUCCCUGUGUAUUCCUCUGGAUCUGACAGAGUAUCAUUGACUGCUCUGUUCUUCAACACUUCACUUGUUCUGCUCCACACUCAGCCACCUCCUCCACCCUCCACCUGGACAUGAGUCUGGAUUUUGUAGAUAGAUAUACUGAAUCUGACUCUGUAGAUUUCUACUGUUUAUGACAACAUCACAGUAAAUUUACAGUCAUUUAAACGGCACUCAGGCUGCUCAGAUUACAGUGAAAUAGUGUAAAGUCUGUGAAUGUCUCUGUAUUGUUUUGUGUUGCACCUCCACACUGUGGAAUGAUGGAGAACUGCUGUUCAUGUUCACAUGAUCCUCCUGUUGGAGGUUGAUGUCAGGAUGCAGAAGUCUGCAACUACAUUUAAUCAUAUUGAUCACUGAGAUUAUAUUUCUGUAUAUAUGGUCUUUUUGUUUCUGCAUAUGUAUGUUCCUAUUUUAUUUGAAUAAUAUAUUCUGUAGCAGAGUGCAUCAAUUUUUGAGCCAUGGUGGUUUUAUAUUUGUAAAACUUCCUUUAAAAAUCUGUGACGACAUCACAGUGUAAAGUCAAUGAGCUAAGAAGGAACUUGAGGGCGGGGCCAGUAAGAGAAACAUUACAACGCAUAAUCCAUACAUCUCGUUACUUAUAGUGGAGUAUUGCUGCUUUUGGCCUCAUAUUCAUUCUCUACAACGUCACGUUGUAGCAGGGUUCAGAUAGCUGUCGUGUUGGUGGAUUCGUCUUAUGCAAGUGGUGGUUGCGGUCUGUAGGUGCAUGUCAUGUAGGCUCCUAAUGAUAUGUGGCUGCAGUUAUACAUGUCUCACCUCAAGACCCCAGGAACGCCAUCCAGCAUUGCACCCAAUUUUUUUCAAGUUGCCACUUGAGGUAUUGCAACAAAACAUCCCCUGCAGCCCAAAAAACAUAUUUCCCCACAGACAAUUACUUCUGUCUUUAUUGAAACUUCCAUAUUCGUGAGAACAGAUGAAGUUGUGACAGUACUGUUAGACAAUAUCUAUUAUAAAAGUACUAAAUAACACCAUAGGAACGACACUGCAAAAUAAAGUCAGACUUGGUACCUUAAUAUUGCAUUUAAUCUACUUGUAUGGACUUUCUACUGAUACUGACUGAGGCAAAGGUGAUGGUGGUGAUGACGGUGAUGAUGAUGAUGAUGAUGAUGAUGAUGAUGAUGAUGAUGAUGAUGAUUUUUCAUUUUUUUAUUUUACCAAGGUUAUGAUGAUGUCAUAUUUAAUGUCAAAUUAUUGUUGUUUAGCAUGUCAAACAAACAAAUAUGUUUGUUUUAUGUUUUUUUGUGUUGUUUUUUUGCCGGAGACAAAGAAUCUAGUCUAAAUUGUGUUUAAUUUUCCUUUUGGUAAAAUGCACUGUAUAUGAUGAAAUUAGAAGUCAAAUAUCCUGAGAAUAGUAAUCAAACCCUUCUCCCUAUCCUUUCACUGUGCAUGUAGCCUGGAUCCAACGUGCUAAAUGUAUCACACAUCUACACCGAGUAAUGUCUGUCUAAAUUACACCAACAUGGCAAUCAUGUAAGCAGAGCUCA